AUGCAAAUGGAGGCUGAUUGUGAAGCUCUAGUCCCACAGCAACAACAACAAGAACAAGAAGACAUUGAAGACGAAGACGUCGAAGAAGAAAUCGUCUACUUGACUCCUACAGAAGAUGAAGCCUCUGAGGUCGAGGAACUCCAACCCUGGGAAGUUGCAAUGCGUCAGGACCCUUUCUACCGCAAUUUUUGGUCCACAAGUAACCAACUAGCCAAAGUCUACAAAAAGUUCCAUACUUUGGCUACCCCUAGACAUGGUGCUCCUCUCACUUCAGUCAUCCUUGAGCUGAAUACCACUACAGUUGCUACUGCAUCAGCUUGUUGUAUUCACCUAGACCAAGAUAUAGAAGGCGUCAACUUUUUUAGUUACAUCCGUAACUACAACGAACAGCGACCAGAGCAAAUCAUCAACCAUGCAAUCAGCGGAACACCGUUCGAAGCCUUAGACCAAAAGUUGAUAAAGUCCGUCCGUGCCAUCUUGUGCGCUUACCUCCACUACAAGAAUGGCGGUAAUCUGAAUCAACUUGGCUACAAGAGAGAACUGAAUGAAUUGGCGAAAGUUGGAUUGCCAAGAUCGGCCAAGCCUAGCCAUACAAUAACUGUCGGAUAUCGUAUGCUGGCUUUCUAUAAGCAAGCUGGCGCCUGGCCAAUCCUCUUUUCAGACAAGUUCAACUAG